AUGACCGACACCCUGAUGCCUUCCUCCCCGCAAAGGGAGGCAGGGCGCAGCUCUGAGACGGACAAAUCCAAGAAACCCCAACCGAUUUCCGUGUCGAAUGGCCCGAAAUUAGCCUCUCCGUUUCCUUCUCCCACCGACACCAAACGACCCGCCUCGCUCAAGAUGGUUCAACCGGCGGAGUCCGCGGAAGAAAUCCAGAACGCUUCGAGUCGGCAAAUAUCGACAGGCGUUGACGGGACUCGGGAGAGUAAGGAGAAUCUGCGCUCGACAUCAACACAGCAAGACUCGCCGAAAGAAAGACCAUCCCUGAGCUCUCGACUACCCAACAGAUCCACCGCCGAGGACAGACCGCCAUCGCUGAAGCAUCAUAAGCAGCAGACGUCAAUCUCCGGACAAUCUCCUCCUUCUCGAGCCCCGAGUGUUCAGUUCCAGAACACAGAAAACGAAGUUCCGGAAUUACCCCCAUCACAGCCACAAUCGCGCCCUACCUCAUUAUACGGCGACGAUCCGGAACAAACACGAGGAAGACAAUCUUUCAUGAACAAGAUCAAAUCAUUGGCCGCAUCGCCCCCAUUUGGCUCGCAUUCACGAUCUGCCAGCGGACCGAACAUUGGAGAGUUCAGGGUACCCCCACCUGAUAUGGUAACGCCGGGCUCUGAACGCGGAGAAUUUCGUUUCCCUGAGCCUCUGCCAGAGGAAGGAAGUGAUAUCGAUGCAGAUGCUGAGGAGAGUGGUGGGGAGCAGCGUGACCUCCCCAAGAAAAAGAGACAUUUUCGACGACGACAGACGCAGGAAGAAGAUGCAGGAACUCGAACGGCUCCCACCACCCCGAAGACGAAUCGCCGGCCUUCUUUUCAUUUCUCGUCGUCAUUCGCUCCAUUCGAAAACUACCGGACCAAUCUCUUCCCUCGGCGAGCCAGCACCACAGACUUCACGCCUCAGCAACGAGAGGGCGUCUCCGAAGAUGAGGGUCGCGAUAGACUCACUAAUCGGCGAAAAAGACCUGGCUGGGGUGGGACUCGUGGCAUGUCAUAUAUUGGACGCAACCAGGACGCACAAGCCAGUCAGGACGAGCGUCCAAGUCAAUUGAGAAGAUUUACUGGUCUUGCCGGGCCUUCUGAUAAUGCAGAAGGCUUGACGGCUACCUGGAGACGCCAUCGGCAAGAGCGAGGAACCAGUGCUAGUGCACAGCGAUGGAAGCAGAUCAAAGCCGGUUUCAAGCUAAUUGGACAACGACGCAAGAUCGACAAUACGGUGGAUAAUAAGAAGUCUGCAGAGCUGCUUGCCGAGCUGGCCUCGGCUGUGCCAGCCGCGCUGAUAUUGGCGAGUGCUUUCCAAAGAGAUGAACAUGGAAGCAAGCGAAUUCCUAUCUUGCUGGAGCAAUUGAAGGUCCGGGUCACGGACAGCCGCAUCGAUUCGCAUUCCGGCGAUCGUCACCUCGUGUUUCGGAUUGAGCUUGAAUAUGGAAGUGGCAUGACGCGGAUGAAAUGGAUCAUUUUCCGGACGUUGAGAGAUUUUGCGAACCUGCAUCUGAAGUAUAAACUUCAUCUUGGUACCCAGAAAUACAUCCAACUCCGGACAAGCGAAAACAGCCCCAGCAUUCCGCGGUUCCCGCGAAGUGCUUUCCCUUACAUGCGUGGCGUUCGAGGCUUGGAAAGCGAAUUCGAAGACGAGGAGGAAGAAGGUGGAUAUGAGACCGGCAACGAAACAGCCGCAAGUGGCACUGAGAGACCCAGCCGGAAGAAGAAGCAGACCCAAUCGCACCAACGACGGCCUUCUGCUGGUAUCGCCCGCCGGAAGUCCAGUAUUACGAACCAAAAUGCCGAAUCGGAAGCAGGUGAAGGUGUUGUUGGCAAACGGGAAACCUAUCCCGAACGACAGCGGAAGAAGCUUGAGAUGUAUCUGCAGAAGAUGAUCCGUUUCUUAAUCUUCCGAGCUGACAGCAAUCGACUAUGCAAGUUUCUUGAGCUGUCUGCUCUCGGUGUUCGUCUUGCCGCGGAAGGAAGCUAUCACGGAAAGGAGGGCUUUUUGAUUAUCCAGUCAUCGAAAGGGCUCGACUUUCGGAAGGCUUUGACUCCCUCUUUGAUUAAAAAACGGCACUGGCCGAAGUGGUUCCUUGUUCGCCACAGCUACGUGGUCUGUGUGGAUUCUCCUGAGGAGAUGAACAUCUACGAUGUCUUCCUUAUUGACCCUUAUUUCAAGAUCCAAACGCAGAAGAUCAGCCUUCGAAAUCAAAAAGCCAAGGAACUCGCAAAGUCUGCAAAGGAAUCCGCUAGACAUCCUCAGCAUCAUACUCUUCGACUGGAGAACUCCGAGCGCAAGCUUAAACUCUUGGCUCGAAACGAACGUCAGCUCCAACAAUUCGAAGAUUCAAUUCGAUUUAUGGCUGCAAACACACCGUGGAUGAACCCUAACCGAUUCGACAGUUUCGCCCCGGUACGACAAAAGUGCUUUGCGCAGUGGCUUGUCGAUGCCCGCGACCACAUGUGGGUUGUAUCGCGAGCAAUCAACCAGGCAAAGGAUGUGAUUUAUAUUCACGACUGGUGGUUGAGCCCGGAGCUUUACAUGAGACGGCCCGCUGCCAUUAGCCAAAAGUGGCGUCUGGAUCGUCUUCUCCAGCAAAAAGCCCGAGAAGGCGUGAAGGUGUUUGUCAUCAUGUACCGGAACAUCAACUCCGCUAUUCCGAUUGACUCGGAAUACUCCAAAUUCUCCCUGCUUGAACUCCACCCGAACAUCUUCGUGCAGAGAUCACCGAACCAAUUCCGUCAGAAUACCUUCUUUUGGGCUCAUCACGAGAAACUUUGUCUCAUUGAUCACACUCUGGCUUUCGUUGGUGGCAUUGAUCUAUGCUUUGGCCGUUGGGAUACACCCCAGCACCAACUGACUGAUGAUAAGCCAACUGGCUUUGAAACAGCAGACAUGCCUAAAGACGCUGAUCAUUGUCAACUCUGGCCCGGAAAGGACUAUUCAAAUCCUCGGAUCCAAGAUUUCUAUGAUUUAGACAAGCCAUACGAGGAGAUGUAUGAUCGGAAUGUUAUUCCUCGAAUGCCUUGGCACGAUAUCUCCAUGCAUGUGGUUGGUCAACCUGCACGGGAUCUAACCCGGCACUUCGUUCAACGCUGGAACUACAUUCUCCGCCAGCGAAAGCCUACACGCCCGACGCCUUUCCUGCUACCUCCUCCUGACUUCAACCCCGGUGACAUGGAAGCCCUGGGUCUCGAUGGAACUUGCGAGGUCCAGAUUCUGCGGUCUAGCAGUAUGUGGUCAACUGGAACCCCAGAUGUCACUGAGCAUAGUAUCAUGAAUGCCUACGUCAAGUUGAUUGAAGAGUCCGAUCAUUUCGUCUACAUCGAAAAUCAGUUCUUCAUCAGCACCUGCGAAAUCGAAGGCAGAAAGAUCGAGAACUUGAUUGGAGAUGCCUUGGUAGAGCGGAUUGUUAGGGCAGCCAAGAAUGAGGAAGCAUGGCGGGCUGUCAUUGUUAUCCCACUGAUGCCGGGCUUCCAAAAUACGGUGGAUAGCGAGGGUGGAACAAGUGUGCGUCUGAUCAUGCAAUGUCAAUAUCGCAGUAUCUGCCGAGGCGAGACUUCGAUCUUCGGUCGCCUCCGUGCGCUGGGCAUUGAACCCGAGGAUUACAUUCAAUUCUUCAGUCUGCGUGCCUGGGGUAAGAUCGGACCGCAGAAACAGCUUGUCACGGAGCAGCUCUAUAUCCACGCCAAAUGCAUGGUUGUCGAUGACCGAGCUGCCAUCAUCGGAUCAGCAAACAUCAAUGAGCGAUCUAUGUUGGGUUCCCGUGACUCCGAGGUUGCGUCAAUCGUGCGGGACACAGACAUGAUCCAGUCUACCAUGAACGGCAAGCCCUACCUUGUUGGACGGUUCCCGCACACCCUCCGCAUGCGCCUGAUGCGGGAACAUUUGGGAAUUGACGUCGACGAACUCCUGGAGCAUGAUUUUGCCACCGAAGAAGAACUGCGGAAAAUCCAGGUCGUCGAAGAGGGUCGCGAUUCGGCUCACAACCAAGAUAAAGUUGAUUCAGAGUCGUCGAUGAUUGAGCGACAAGAUGAACGAGAUGCGAUGGAGCGCCGACACCGUAUCCAGGACGAGUUUUUGUCCCGCUCCGAGGGGUUGCAUAGCUUCAACCACGAUGUUGACUGGGAGCAAGGCAACAACCCCAACCUCAAAAGCAACCGGAAGCUGACUGCUGAUCCACGAGUCACCUCAAACUCCGACCAUACGAAGGAUGUGGACGGCGAUGGUGCUGACAAUCUGAAAUUUGCCGAGGAAGCUGGCUUGAGUGUUGCCCGUGACUCACAAAUGACGCCAGAUGGGCGAGAGGCUCUCGUUUCACCUAUUGCACCUGAAGGCAAGGGCACCAUUGAACAACCGAAACGGUCCACACACCAAAAGCCAUCUCGAACCGCCUCAACCCGCAAAGAUGCCAAGCAAGGAUCUUCGGCCGAACCUUCUCGAGACUCCGAUGCCAAUGCCAAUGCCAACUCCGAUACUCCUCCGUAUGGCCACGGUACCUCCGGGUCAUCUAGCCGCGAGUCGGAAAACGGAAGUACCGGCCUUAUUGUUUCCAAAGAAAACCACAAUAAUUCCAGAUUUGGGCAACCGUUCGUCCCCGACCUGAAGCGCAUUUUCGUUGACAAGGAUUGUAUGAGGGAUCCAGUGAACGAUGCCUUCUAUCUAGAUACUUGGCUGGCUGUUGCAGAAAAGAACACCAAGAUCUUCCGAUCUGUAUUCCGCUGCAUGCCAGAUAGUGAAGUCAAGAAUUGGAAGGAAUACAAGGAGUUCGCCGCCUACGGAGAACGAUUCGCAGAAUUGCAAAGUCAAAACGGCAGCAAGCCCUCCAACGCUCCUCAACACAAACAAGCCGGUUCUACUGGUGUUGUUUCCCCAGGUGUUUCAUCUCUUGGGUCACCUAUCUCCGGACCGUCCGUCGAGGCAAAAACACCCCAAAUCAUUGACGAGAAAGCUGAACUCGGCAAGGUCGAGCGCACAAGAACCGAGGCGGAACGUCCACAAUCUGAGCUGGCGAAACAGGAGACUCUAUCAUCCAUUGACGAGAAGGCCGCACUCAAGAUGAAGUCUGAUCCUCAGCUCGUGGGUAGUCUGCAGAAUGCUGAGAAUCCCGCCGCGGGAGAAGAUGCCGAGAAACCUCGCUCCAACUCCGUUCAUGUCGACUACUCUGAGGCAGUAAAUCUGAAUGCCUCGCAGUCCCGCAGACGUCGACGAAGAACCGCCACUAUCGGCUCGAAGCGUGAGUUCCAUGCCUCAGAUGAUGUGAUGGAUACGGCACGAGCGGAGGAUCUUCUCAAUAAGGUCCAAGGCCACCUCAUCCUGUGGCCGUACGACUGGCUCGAGAAGGAAGAGCAAGGCGGAAACUGGCUAUAUGCACUGGAUCAGAUUUCGCCUUUGGAGAUCUACAACUAA